AUGUUCCUCCUUUAUGCGUCCUGGUCGUUGGUGUUGGCUUAUUUACUCUGGACAUUGAUACGAUUCACAAACAACUACUUGGAAGCUAGGAAGAUCGGAUUGCCAAUUCUGGUCUCCCCAGUCAAUCCAGGAAGCCCGCUAUGGCUGCUCACAAAGGAGCGACUCAUACCGCUCAUGGCGUCUUUACCGUGGGGACUAGGAGAAUGGGCCACCAGGGCAGAAGUCGGCUGGACAUUCUCCCAAAGAUACUCGGUGCACGCAAAGUACGGCGAGGCAUUUACCAUUGUCUCGCCCGGGACAAAUGAGAUCUAUAUUGCGGACCCCUCAGCCGUCGAGGAUCUACUCCGACGGCGUAAUGACUUCAUCAAAGACCCGGCCAUGUACGGAAUGCUGAAUUUCUAUGGCCCCAACCUUGACACCGUCAAUGGCAAGGUAUGGGAUCGCCACCGCAAAAUCACCGUCCCACCAUUCAACGAACAGAACAGUGCUUUAGUUUGGCGGGAAAGUGCGGAACAAGCAGACCAGGUGCUGGAAAUCUGGUCCGCGAAAGAUCUUGUCACAAGCACACAGCCAGACGUGCAUGCCGUUACCCUCAACGUGCUGUGCGGCGCCGGCUUUGGUUUACAUAGCAGCUUUAUUGAUUCGAAGCUGCCGGGAGGCGAGAAUGAGGCGCAGACACAGCUAGGAUAUCAAGAGAGCCUACGAACGCUGCUUUCCAAUAUCGUCCAGCUGGUUCUCUUGAACCUUCUCAAAAACGCCGGUGUUCCACGCUGGAUGUUCUUCGGCAAAAUGCAAAAGCUAUACGUGGCGUACGAAGAUUUCAAGAGAUAUAUGGGUGAGAUGCUGGCGAGAGAGAAAACGGCUUUUGAACAGGGCGAUCUGACGAGGCAUAACCUCAUGAGUGCGUUGGUUCGAGCCUCUGAACAGUCGAAUGAAACGGCACGAACCACAAAAGAUCCUGCCACCGCACCAGCAGGAUUGUCCGAUGACGAGGUGUAUGGGAAUGUCUUCAUCUACAACCUCGCGGGCCACGACACCACAGCUGCGACUCUCCAUUUCGCAAUCACGCUGCUCGCCGUCUACCCCGAAUGGCAGACGUGGAUCGCCAAAGAGAUUGACCAAGUCCGCAAAGCUGACCAGUCGGGUAUGUGGUAUUAUGAGGAGACCUUCCCCAAGUUGGAGCGGUGCCUGGCGCUCAUGUACGAGACAAUCCGAUUAUACGGACCCGUCGUCAUGAUGCCUCGCUACACGGGAGACUCUGCCCAACAUCUCAGCAUCCAAGGAAAAGAAUACAUCUUACCCGCCCGCACCUCGGUGACGCUCAACUUUGCCGCCCUCCACACCCAUCCACGCUACUGGGGAUCAGACCCCACGCAGUUCCGGCCUGACAGGUGGAUCGUGCCCGAUGAACGCGGGAAGGAAGAGGAGGAGGAGGGAGAGACCAGCGCCGUUGACGACUCCUCGCCCCGCCUGUUCCAACCUGCUCCCGGAUCAUUCGUGCCCUGGGCCGCCGGACCAAGAGUCUGCCCGGGCAAGAAAUUCUCCCAGGUCGAGUUCGUCCGCGUCAUUUUCGGCCUGUUCGCCAACGGCUCGCGGGUCGAGCUGGUCUUGGAACCGGGCGAGAGCGAGCAAGCGGCAAAGCAGAGGAUCAUGCAGAUCGUGAACGAGGCAAGGGUCGAAGUGACGCUGAAGAUUGUCGAUGCCGAGAGAGUCAAGCUCCGGUGGUCCAAGAAGGGUGGUCCAGUCCAGUCCUGA